UGGAAGGAAGGGCCUGGGCAGGGACUCGCAAAACAGAAAAAAUAUAUUAUUGUGUGUCUUAUUUAACUACAGUUUUCAACAUAAAGGAACAGAGGUGGUGUGACCGCGGCGAUGUCGGUGAAUAUGGACGAACUUAGGCAUCAAGUAAUGAUUAACCAGUUUGUUUUGACUGCUGGUUGUGCCGCUGACCAAGCGAAGCAGCUUCUUCAAGCGGCGCAUUGGCAAUUCGAGACUGCCCUAAGCUCCUUUUUCCAGGAGGCUAACAUCCCUAGUCAUCACCACCAGAUGAUGUGCACCCCACGAAACACUCCAGCCACACCGCCCAACUUCCCAGACGCCAUCACCAUGUUCUCCAAGCUGAGGGCGUCAGAAUGCGGCUCCAGCGGAGGAGGCUCUACCCAGGUCUCCAUGGCCUGUUCUCCACCUCCACCAUCCUCAACCACAGCCGGUUUUGGCUCCUUCUGGGCCCCGUCCCCCCCAAGCCAUCAGCCCGUUUGGCUGCCUCCGUCUUCUCCAACAGGACACCACCUCUCUCACCAUCACCACCACCAUCACAUGCACCAACCGCACCAACCGAUGUGGCCUCCUGUCUCUCAGACCAGCUCCAACCAGCAAACACCAGUCAUAACCGCUCUCCACGGCCAGAGAUGAGACUAU